CAAAACAAAAAAACACACACACCGCCGGUAAAUUUUUCCGUUGAUCUUUGAAAGAACGAUUUUUUUCAGGAGAAAGAGUUAUUGAGCUUCGGCGAGAAAGAGAAGAGAAGAUAGUGCAGCGAUCAAAUGGUAUUGCGCGGUGAGAUGACGACGACGACGAGGAGACCGAAGAUGAGUCUUCAUAAUUUCACGCUUUCGAACUUGAAGUGGGGGAGUCAGCGACACCUCAAGUGCAUGAAGAUCGAUUCCACGACGAGCAGCGGAGAUCAUCGACUCCGACGAAGAUCUCCGGCUGUAAAAUCCUCCGGCUCCUCUGUUUCGAUCCCGUUUAGAUUCAGCGAGUCUGAUCAUCGAAGCAACAGCAACAACAACAACCAACGUCGCCGCGCAACGUUCGAAUCCGUGGAGAAGGGGGGCGGCGAGGAGGAGGGAGAAGGGAUGGAGGAGUUGAGGGAGAAGAUUAUGUCGGAUCUGAAGACGGUGAGGGAUAAGAUCACUCAAUCCAUCUAUGCUCUCAAGGAGCAAGACGGAGAAGAAGAGCGGAAACCCUAUCAAGAGAAGGAGGUUUCACCGGUGAAGCCAUGGAAUCUGAGGAAAAGAAGAGCAGCAGCAGAGUGCAAGGAACCAGUUGAAGAGAAGACAGUGAAUCCAUCGCCUCCGAGAAACGAUUCGACGAGGGUGAUGAAGGAAAGAGGUGGAGUCGUGGAAGCCGAGACGAUGAGGAGGCCUAAGUUCUCCGUGAUAUUGUCGAAGAAGGAGAUCGAGGAGGAUUUCAUGGCGGCUUUUGGUCACCGAGCACCGCGACGGCCGAAGAAGCGGCCAAGAACGGUUCAGAGAAAGCUCGAUAGCUUGCAUCCUGGGUUUUAUUUGACUGAAGUGACGCUUGAUGCGUAUAAGGUCCCUGAAGAAACCAAGAGAUGAUGAUGAUGAAAAGGUUGUGUAACUCAGUUGCCGUUGAUGUUUCAAAGGCUUGUCAAUAUUUUAAACUGUGGUCAAGCCUUUGAAGCUGCCAUCUUCCCCUGCUCUCUGCUAGUUUUUUUUUUUUUGUUCGUUUUCUCAAUGAUUCUUUCUUCUCUGAAUAAACUGUACAAAACGCUAUGGAGAAACUGUAGGUUCCGGUUGAUUUAAUACAUAAUAAAGUUUCAUUUCA